AUGUCCGAUACACUUGAAAAUUAUAUAUGGCGUACUAUUUCAGUGUUCCUCAGAGGCAAAGGUAUCCGGAAUAACGAAAAGGCAAAAGGCUUGGCGAAUGGUAGUAUAGGCUUGUUAUCGGAUAUCUCCAAUGCAUCAAAUGGAUCAUUAACAGUAUGUUCCUCAAGAUAUUUUAGCUGUUGCAACCGGAAUCCGAUACAAAGAACGUCUACGCUUGUCGAUAUAGUCUUCUUGACUUGUGAGGAUGCACGCGAUCUCAAUUCUAAACUAAAGGAUGUAAAGAAUAUAUCGGGGCAUUGUUUAUGUGUUGUUCAGUUUGCUGAUUCACACACGUUCAUAUGUAACUACGCUUUACUCGGACAAAGACUUCGAGCAACGGAGAGUCUUGCUUUUGUUAAUGUUAACAAGGCCAUGAAAGAUCCACAGCUCGGCACAUUCCCACCAGAACUCUUUUCUUUUAUCUCUGAUGAUCUCGAACCUUUCUUGUCUUUAAGAGAUUCGUCAAUCUUGGAUGAUGUGGAGGAUGAUGGAGGAAAUUGUUUGGGAAAUGUCGAUUUGAGAGUAUGUAGCGUAUACCUUGAAAAGCAAAACAGUGAAAUCAGUCACAAAUUGCUUAGUUUCAGCUAUCCCAAGACGGUGAUCUCGGAAAUCGAGGAAGCUGCGCUUGUUAGUAGAAUGCAGUUGGUUUAUGACUCGAGACUGAAAGGGCAGCAUAUUUGGAAUGAGUCAUGCGCAAUACGUAUCGUCGAUAGAACAUUAUCGAUUGUUGCAUUGUGA